ACUACGACGUUUGUGUGGAUUGAGGUUGGUUGGCGACGCGUGUCUUUGUGUUUUGCCAACCAAGAUGGCGGUGGAGGAGCUGGGAGCUUUGGAGAAAUGCCUGGGACUGAAGGGAGGAAAAUACAGCAGCAAAGCUCAGGGUGGUAGCCAGGUUCCUGUGCUUCAAACCAACAAAGGCCCCAGCCUAGCAGGUCUUGCUACCAUUGCAUCCUAUCUAGUGAAAGAAGCGAAGAAAGAGGAACUCCUAGGGGCUUCCGUGGAGGACAAAGCAAUUGUGCAACAGUGGUUAGAGUACCGAAUCACACGCAUUGACAGAAUAGCCUCUAAAGAAGAUGUCAGAAACAUAUUGAAGGAUCUCAACGCGUAUCUGGAAGACAAGGUAUACCUGGCUGGGAAUAUCCUCACCUUGGCUGACAUCUUAACUUAUUAUGGCCUGCACCAUGUAAUUGCUGAUCUUUCAAUUCAGGAGAAAGAGACCUACAUUAAUGUUUCUCGCUGGUUCAGUCACAUUCAGCGUUAUCCAGGAGUACGACAGCACCUUCCAAGCCUGGUCUUCAUUAAGAAUAGAAUCUACACAAAUAUUCAUUAGGUGGAUGAAGCUGUGAAAUGCUUUUUUGGUUUUAAUGUAUUUACAGUAGUCUCACCAGUUCGGGAAGUGGAUAUUCCACCCCUGAAGAUUUUCCAGUUCCCACCAGUCUUUGUGCACAUCUUCGUCACAAAAUCCAGAGAUCCAAUUUACUUUUUAAUUUUAUUUAUUCAAAUUGUUCUAAGUUCCAAAAUGUCACAGUUGGCUACCAUGUCAUCUUUGGUUAGCAGGUGAUUAAAUGAGGAGAUAUAUUUUUUUUAAAGACUGUUCAAAGGAGACAAAGAGGUAAUUUUUUCCCUUAAUUUUCUGUAUGACACUGUGCUUGUAACAAGAAGGACCAUAGACAGUGAUGUAUGUACCCUCUAAAUUGUCAAUUUUUUCUCUAAGAAGCAAAAAAAGACUUUUUUAAUGAUAAUUUCAAACUUAUUUGUGGCAUUUAUGACCAGGUCAGUGUUGCUAUUUCAUCACCGUCAGCAGAACCGAUGACGGUAACUGCCUUUGUGCCAUUCUAACGCAACAGACAUUAUCAAUAUAAGAUCAAUAUGAACAGUGUGAAUUUCUCUGACAAGUACUGCAUUUUCAUUCAUAUAUCCUUUUAGUUAUCUGUCGAUUUCUGCCUCUUUACUCCACAGCUAUUUACUUUGGAAGACCUGCUGAAUUUUUUGUUCUGUUUAUGUUUUUUUUUUUAAAAGAUUGAAGAUUUGUUGGGUUGGAAAAUAAUAAAACACGCAAAAAUAGUUAA